GCCAAUGCAAACAUUAUACACGUAUACAGCCCGUCUAACAAUUUUGAGCUUUUAUAUGGGUAUUCAAGAAUGACGACUAACCCGCUCAAAAAGGGCCGAUACUCCAAACUCGGCUGCGCCGAGUGCAAGCGCAGGAAGAUAAAGUGUGACGAGUCUAAGCCGGUAUGCUGGCAUUGCCAACGAUUAGAAAAAGAAUGUGUCUACCUCCCGCCUAAAUGGAAAAAUAAGGACAGAAGCCCGAGAACCCAGGAAGGGAAGGUCACAAAGACGACAUCUACGGAUGGAGAGUACUUGGAUAUAAAUCCUGUUAAAGACAUCAAUAAUGUAAAAGCAAGGCCUUCCAAAUCGCAGCGACAUCCAAGAAUAAAAACUGUUGUCAUGAAGGAUAAUGCUUUUCAAAAUUCUGCCGAUGGAAGUAGUCAGCUUGACGAAACGUCGAAAAAUUUUCUUACACUAUCACCAUCACUACUGAAUGCAGCUUCGAACAAUAGCGUAAUGAAUACAAUUGAAAUGAUAAUGAAUCCAGAAAGUUACAAGGACAGCACGUCAAUUAUGGGCCAGAGCUUAAACGAUCUAUUGACAACGCAACUCUCCCAAACGACUGGCCAGCUGAACAAUGCGACUGGGUUGACGGAUCCACAAGGUUCAUUUUCGUUUGUGAGCAACAAUAUUAACACGUCUCCAUUUUCCAUUUCGUCUCUUCUCUCUAAUGGAGAGUCUAACUCACCUACUAAAACUCACAAAAUACUCAAGUCAUCCAUCCCACACAGCACACUUUCAGAAUUCUCGCUACCAAGAACACACAUGGAAUACUUACGAUUGUUUUAUGAGGACUACUCUAAAGUGAUAAUGCCAUUUUGUCCGCUAGACGUACAGGAAAAUCACUCACUUUUUCCAGGUACUGGCUCAUCAGAAGGUCCAUCGCCUGUGCCUUCACUUUCAGCGUCCCCCUCUAAUGUGACUGGGGGUAUUGCAACAACAGUGAACAACUUGGGGGUGGGUAUAACUGCAUCAAUUGUGCCGAUAACAGCAACAACGGUGGUAGCACCAGCUUUGACCACAGCAUCUUCAAUACCUCCGAUAGCAGCGAGUGCUCCGAACAACAGGCAAAGUGGUGAUACUCAAGUAAAAGAGGUGUCUUUGAUUAACCCAGCAAGAGAUAUCAUUUUAUAUUAUGCACAGAAGGAAUCUUAUGUUUUGGCUGCUGUCUUAGCAUGUGGUGCGUUGACUGCGUAUAGACACAGUAAGUCAUUGACCGAUGAAGAACAGUAUUGCAGUUAUCUAUCGACAUGUAUGUCAUUGCUCGGACAGUCUCUCAAUGAUGAAGCAACACCAGAUAAGAGACAAAAGGGUAAAAUGGAAGGUAUGAUCAUCACAACAUUACUUUUGACAUCGUACAAUGCUUCAUCUAAUGUGGUCAAGUGGAGGCCCCAUUUGGAAACCGCUGGAAGAUUAUUGAUGCAUUCUGCAUACUAUCAAAACAAUGAUAAUACUGAUACAAUUGAAUUCGGCAAGGUGGAAAGAGAAACACUGGCAUUUUGUCGAUCAUGGUUUUUCAGCAUCGAGAUUAUCGCAGGUAUGUCAUCAAAUUGGGGCGGUACUAUGAAUGAUAGAGACUGGAAGGUAAUGGAAUUAUGGAUUGAAGAAGACUCCGACUUUUUGAGAGGAAUGAGGAUCAACUGGAAAAAUCCUAGUAUCGAUAAUGAAGGUGUUGACGAUUUCAAUUUAAUGCUAGGCUAUUCAGACAAACUUGCCAUAGUUCUAGGCCGUUUAUGCUGUGUAUUGAGGCGUGCCAGAUUGGGUGAAAAGCUGAAGUUGAGUGAGAUAAGUUGGUUUUUGACACAAUUGGAGUGUAAAGAAAUCAAGGAAUACUAUUUACUGUCUCAUACUGGGUAUUUAAACAAAGAUUUUCGACAUGAGCCUAGCCUUGGAAUUCCAGCGGAGGCAGUUGAAAAGUUUGAUGAUAUCGACUUGAAUGGUGACAUUGUAUAUGUAUCAUGGUGGGAUAUAUGCUACCAGGCUCAUAGAAUGUCAGGCAUCAUCCAUACAUUGACCAAGCUAUUCAUGUUGGAUCGAAACCAUUUUCUUGUGAUGAACGCGAUCGAGCAGACUGUGAACUUGCUCAAGUUCUUGAGAACCAAGAAGAAAAUCAAGUCGUACGCCUUGAUGAUGUUUCAGUUUUGUGUGUUUCUAGUUGGAAAGUGGACAACCGAGAUUGAACAUCGGUCUUUAGUGAGUAAGUAUUUCCGAGAUUUGCAUGAUUUUGGGACGAUCGCAGCACGGUACUCGAUGAAAAAGCUCGAGAGACUGUGGCGAAAUGAGGACGGCGACCAGGAAGAAGAGGACAUUAUCAACUACUGAGAGAGAGAAGAGUGUCAAUCCAGGCCCUUCAGGUAGUGAUAGUAUUUUUAGACAAUUUUGUAAAGUAGUAAUGACGGAAAAGUAACCUACAAGGUAGAGAACAUGAAAGAUAGCUUUAUCACGUG